CUGUUGCCCUCCUCCAAUUCACCAACAAUGUCACUUUCUUCCCCUCCACCUCAUUUUCACCUCCCAAACGCCGUCGUUUCGCACCACUCCCCCGACGUCAUCAAACUCCCCCUCCUCUCCCCCCAAAACCCUAAACCCUCCUCCGACCCCCCACCGACUCUCAAGCUCGUCUCCUCCCGCCGCCUCUCCCGCCUCCCUUGCCUGAGAUCCGACUCCACCUCCCCCGUUCCUCCGCCGCAUGUCGACCUCACCGAGCACAAAAUCGGCGGCGGCGGCAGUGACGGGGGAGAUUCCUCCGGCGGUGGAGGAGACGGCGGGAAUGAGGAGGACGAGGAGGGGAAGGAGUUCGGGCCGUUGUUGAGGUUGGAGGAGGUGAUGAAGGAGACUGAAGCUAAAGGAGUGGAGCUUCCUUUGGAUAUGAUCGAGGCUGCCAAGACUACUGGCCUUCGUAAAGAGUUUCUGCUUCGCUAUUUGGCUCUACAGGGCUCAGCUUGGCCGCUGGGAUGGUUGAUGAAGUACUGCUCUAUGCUACGGAAUCGAAUGCUGGCUGAUCCUUCGUUUUUGUUCAAAGUUGGGACUGAGAUAGUUAUAGAUUCUUGUUGCGCCACGUUUGCGGAAGUUCAGAAGAGGGGGAAGGACUUCUGGAAUGAGUUUGAGUUGUAUGCAGCGGAUCUUUUGGUUGGGAUUGUUGUUGACAUUGCGUUAGUUGGUAUGUUGGCGCCCUAUGCUCGAAUUGGUAAACCGUCGAUAUCACAUGGUUUAUUUGGGCAGUUACAACAGGCUUGUGCGGCUCUUCCUAGUAGUGUCUUUGAAGCUGAAAGGCCAGGAUGUAGAUUCUCAAUGAAGCAGAGGGUAGCCUCAUUCUUCUACAAGGGUGUGUUAUAUGGUUCAGUUGGCUUUGUAUGUGGUAUUAUUGGACAAGGGAUUGCUAAUCUGAUCAUGAAUGCCAAACGGAGCAUAAAGAAGUCAGAAGAGGACGUAGCUGUGCCUCCUCUUGUGAAAAGUGCUGUUCUUUGGGGUGUAUUUCUUGCUAUCUCGUCCAACACUCGUUAUCAGAUUGUAAAUGGGCUGGAAGGACUGGUUGAAGCAUCGCCUAUGGCAAAGCGUGUUCCGCCUAUUGCAAUGGCAUUUACUAUAGGUGUUCGAUUUGCUAACAAUAUCUACGGUGGUAUGCAAUUUGUGGAUUGGGCCAAGUUGAGUGGAGUGCAGUAGAAGUUACCAACCAUAGAUGUUUUCAGUUAUCAUAUAGAAAUGGACAGUAGAGAUCUUCAUACUUUGA